UCUCUCUCGUGAAUUUGACUUUUAGGAAAUUAAAUUAAAUAAAUAUUAAUCAGCGUGAAAGACGCAAAUCCAUUGUUUCUGAAAGUUGAACACAUUCUGUGUAUGAAAAAUCUCCCGCUAAAUGUCAAUAGACGAUUCUCUCAAGGGCUCGGAGGAGUUGAUUUCUGGAGGAAUAAUUCACUCCGGCAAAAGCUCAAUGAGCAGCGAUACGACGGCAGGGAGCCAUAGCACCAGUUUCAGCCGGCUGUCGUUCGAGUUUCCGACGAGUUCGCCGGAGCAUCAGGCGGCGCUGAAGCCGCACCGCUCGUCGGACUCUUCGUUCCAGGCAAUUCAGUUGAGAACAAACCUAAGCUUCCGCGACUUCAGCGUGGUGCGGCAGAUCGGCAGCGGAGAUAUCGGAAGAGUGUAUCUCUGCCGCCUCCGUGGAGCGGAGGACGAGGGGCGGCUGUACGCCAUGAAAGUGGUGGAUAAGGAUGUUUUGGCUUUGAAGAAGAAGACUCAGAGGGCGGAGACUGAGAGGAAAAUAAUGCGCCUUUUAGACCAUCCUUUUUUGCCUACUCUUUUCGCCGAAUUUGAGGCUUCUCAUUUUUCCUGCGUUGUCAUGGAGUAUUGCUCCGGCGGCGAUUUGCAUACUCUCCGCCAUAAGCAGCCGCUGAAACGCUUCUCUCUCAGCUCUGCUAGAUUUUAUGCAGCAGAGGUUCUUGUAGCACUAGAGUACCUACACAUGUUGGGAAUAGUUUACAGAGAUUUGAAACCGGAAAACGUCUUGGUUAGAUCCGACGGUCACAUUAUGCUUACCGACUUUGACCUCUCGUUGUGCUCCGACGCUAUCGCAGCCGUUGAAUCUCCGGAAUUUUCGCCCGACCCACUGUCCUCUCCCAGAGCAGCACCCGGCGGCGGCGGCCAUCGCUCACUCACCCCUUUCUCCUGCAUUUCCAGCCGGCUUUUCCGGUCCAGGAAAAUCCAAACACUUGCAGGGAACAGGCUGUUCGUGGCUGAACCGGUGACGGCACGGUCGUGCUCCUUUGUUGGGACCCAUGAUUACGUGGCGCCUGAGGUGGCGUCCGGUAGGUCCCACGGGAACGCGGUGGAUUGGUGGGCCCUGGGUAUUUUUAUCUACGAGAUGGUCUACGGUCGAACUCCGUUCGCCGGCGUGAACAACCAGGCUACGCUUUGCAACAUAAUGAAAAAUCCCUUAACUUUUCCCGGGGACGCGCUGUGCGGCGCUAGCGAAAUGCACGCGCGGGACUUGAUUUCCGGGUUACUGAACAAGGACCCGAACAGAAGGUUUGGGUCGAAGCGUGGGGCGGCGGAUGAAACCCACCCGUUUUUUAAGGGAUUGAACUUCGCUCUGAUCCGGUCGGUGGUUCCCCCCGGUGUUGCCGGAAUUUCGGGACGGACAACAGAGUCAUCGAGGUGGCGGCAGACGGCGGCUGCGUUCAAUGUAUUCUGAUAUUUUUUUUGUUAGUUGAUUAAUUUAGGUGGGAACGUAAAAAAAAAAAAAAAAAAAUUGGAGAUAGUUGACAGUAGAUUAAUUAUAGAUAUGUAAUUAUCGCCUUGUUAUGGCAGUUGAAUACCAUAAUUAUGUGAUGAUGAUAAUAAUUGAGUGGGUCG